AUGGGCCGAAUGGAACAGAUGUUAGCAGCGUUGACUGAAGCCUGGACACAACAACAGAGACAACAACCUUUGCCUCCUCUGCCUCCACCGGCAAGAGCCAAGGUAGAUAAUGCUGACAUCAUCAAUCUGACACAGAAAUUUAUGAAAAUGAAACCACCAACGUUGUAUGGUGGAAUCGAACCUUUAAAAGCAGAGACGUGGCUACUUGAAAUGGAGAAGUUGUAUGACGUGUUCCCUUGUACCGAAACUCAGAAAGUCCUCCUAGCCACCUACACUUUGAAGGAUGAAGCUCGCAGGUGGUGGUUACUGAUCCGAAAUGGCAAUGGAAAUAUUACAUGGGCACAGUUUAAUGUUAUCUUCUACGACAAGUACUUUUCCCAAUGUUUCAGGGAUUGA